AUGACUGAAAGUACUGGCGUAAAAGCUGAAUCUACGAACGCGAUCGUAACUUACGAUGGGAUUUUCAAAGGCAUGUACGAUGAGAAACUGCAAGAAAUGUUCCAGGAAGGUCGCCGGAAGUUUGCUGGCGGAGAUUGGCCUGGUGGAAUGAAAAUAUUUGAAAAUAUGUUGGAGAUUGCAAGUGAUAAAUCAAAGGAUAGAAAAACUCUUGAGGAAAUAAUGAACGAGUUGAAACGAUACGAGGCGUGCAGAAUCGAACCUGGAACCCAGCCAGCCAAAAGCAUAGACUGGUCAGCAGUUGCAGACAGACCGUUAGAGCGACUUCAUGAAUCUUUCUUCGGAUUACCACAAGGUGUGUUCUUCUUGGAUGUCGGGCGUCAUGGGAAACCUGGAUCAGUACGUCUUGUCGGGAAAAAACUUCUCUCGGACUAUUUUCUAGCUUUCAAAAUUCCUGAACUUUUCUGUAGUUUGGUGAAAGCUGAUAUGAUAUUAGGCUUAUAUGUUGACCAACGUAUGAGUGACUCAAAUGUAACAAUUUUCUAUAAUCCAAUAGAAAAAUCUGAAAAACUUCAUGUUAUGCAGAAAAUAAUGUCAAAUGGAGGAGCAGACGCCGAAUUGAUAUUUCCGUUUCCGCUUAUGCGCAGUACGACGCGAUGUGAAUGGGGUUCCCCACCGGAAGGAUGGGAAGUUGACGACUCUUAUGAUAUCAUGCUAGGAUGCGGUGAGGAACGGAUACGAGCUUAUUCAAUUCAGUUUCUACGAUCUGUUGGACUUGAUAAACCAAUACUAUACGACCCUGCUUGUUCGACAGGGGUAUUUUUAUCCACGCUUCAGCAAGCAAUUCCCGGAAGUUACACAAUCGGCCAAGAUCUAAGUCAGCAGAUGGCAAAUUUCGCAAAAGACCGAGUGGACGAAGCCCAUUGUGCAAACGCUCUGGAUCCAAAGAUAAAACUCGGUACCGCCGAUGCAGUAUACAUAAGAUUUCUAAAUUCGGAGGUGAUAAAGACGUGUGAGGCAGAAGAACUUUUGUCGGCGUUGUUGCCUACAGUUAAAAAAGGCGGAUACAUAAUAACAUUUGGUCAUACCCCUGUUUUACUAUCAUCGUCAAAUUUUAGACAGCUGUCGGGAUUUCAAUUCAAGCAGUCCGUCGGAGUGGCUGUUGACAAGUGUGGUAUUUUUCAAUACUACGUGAUCCAAAAGUCUUAA